ACAGUGGGCGGGUCUAACCUUACAAAAACAAAGUAAACACAUGUGACAACCGACAUGACAACUAGAUCUAUCGACUAUCGAAGCAAUCGUCUCAUCCUUCUCACAGUGAAAUGAACAAGGAAAAUAUCAUGUGUUUCACAACCAGUUUUAAAUAAUGGACUGUAGGGGCAAGAAUGUGUGGGAGAAAGAAGAACGAGAAAGAGCGCGCCACCCAUUCAUCUCGAAUUUCCUCAGUUGGUUUUAACAGCCACAUCGUGUAACGGUGUGGUGAUUCAUAAGUUAGUUGAGUUUUCACAGUUAUAAAAGCAACAUGGCGAGAAUUUUGAACGAUUUACCCAGAUGGCUUGUGAUUAUUGUUUGGUUGAUUGGAAACAUUGUAUACUUCGUCGUUACCUACUUCAACUUCCUGACAAGAGCCUACGACUACACCAACCUCAUGCUUGGGCCCGCCCUUCCCUGGGCCCGAGCCAGUGCAGCCUGUCUCAACCUAAACUGUAUGCUCAUACUUCUGCCGGUCUGUAGGAACCUGCUGUCUGCCAUCAGAGGAUCAUUCCAAAGGUGUUGUAUUAGAAAUAUACGUCGUCAGCUGGACAAGCACAUCACCUUUCAUCGUUACAUAGCAUAUAUGAUCUGUGUUCAUACUGCCAUACACUUGGGAGCUCACAUAUUUAACGUUGAGCGCUACGUAGAGGCCUAUAACAGCAGAGAUGAGGCUCGCCGAGACCUGCUAGUUAGGCUGAGUUCAUUACGAGAUAAUCCUACCGCAGGCACCACAUAUCUCAACUUCAUAGAUUCACCAAACACAGAUGCAGUAAAGGAGGCCUUGAAAACACUGUCUGGUGUGUCCGGGGUUGUCAUCACUCUCGUACUCAUCGUCAUGGUUUCCUCAGCAACUGAGCUCAUCAGACGUUCAUAUUUUGAGAUUUUUUGGUUCACCCAUCACCUUUUCAUCAUCUUUUUUAUUGGCCUUAUUGUCCAUGGCUUUCAAGGAAUUGUCAGGAGGCAGACCAAUGUGGCCGAACAUGACCCUGUAGCUUGUAUGAACUCAUCCAGUACCUGGGGGACACCAGGGGGGUGCCCCAACCCACAGUUUGCCGGCCUUGAACCCAAUGCCUGGAAAUGGGUCGCGGGCCCCCUGGCGAUCUACUUCAUAGAGAGACUGGUCAGGUUCUGGAGGAGCAAGCAAGUAGUGGUCGUGUCCAAGGUGGUACAGCAUCCAUCCAAAGUGUUUGAACUGCAGUUGAAAAAGAAAGGAUUUAAGAUGGGCCCAGGACAGUACAUAUUUCUCCAGUGUCCAAGUCUCUCUAGUCUGGAGUGGCAUCCAUUCACUCUAACCUCGGCCCCUGAGGAUGACUUUUUCUCGGUACACAUUAGACGAGCUGGUGAUUGGACGGAAGCUUUGGCCAAGGCAUGCUACGUCGAUGACGGAGAAUUCCAGUCUUCCAGAAAAAUGCCAAGAUUGUCUGUUGAUGGGCCAUUUGGAACAGCUACAGAGGACAUAUUCUGGUAUGAAGUUGAUGUAUUCGUGGCUGGAGGAAUCGGGGUCACUCCUUUUGCUUCCAUCCUCAGACACAUCUGGCAUAAACACAAGGAGGCCAAGGCGGACAUGAAGCUGAGGAAGGUUUACUUCUACUGGGUGUGUCCUGACACAAACUCCUUUGAGUGGAUUAACGACCUGCUGAAGAACUUUGACCAACAGAUGGCAGAGGAGGGACUCGGGGAAUUCCUGAACUACUACAUCUACCUGACCAGGGGCUGGGACAAAAACCAGGCUCAGAACAUUAUUCUUCACGAACAUGAAGAUGUGGACCCAGUAACAGGUUUGGCUCAAAAGACUCAUUAUGGACGACCAAACUGGGAUAAAAUUUUCCAGGACAUUACAAAGAAUCACCCCAGGAAGGCUCACCAGUUUAGUGCUUUAUUUUUUCUUGUUCCGGGUCUUCUGUCAGGCAUCCCAGUUACUGAAGAGAUCCUAGUAGCAGAAUUGUGUGUUGUCUGCAAUGUCAUCACUUGUCAUCUUAUUCAAGGCAUUUGCCCUGUUGACCAGUCUCAGAUGAUAUUAUUGCCAUCCAUCCAGAAAUGUUGGAAUCUUACAAAAAAAGAAGGAAAUGACCUCUGUGCUACAGCUGACAUCGAGAUAAAAAGAGGAAAUUUGAUCCACGGUCUGAUGGAGAAUCUAAUGAGUUCUGCUCUUAGUGGACCAUUGGGUAGCAUUCUGUUGGAGGCAUGUCUAAGAUGGGCCGCUGUUCUCCUCUUAAACAAAAAUCCAGAAAGAGCUUCCAAGAUUUUGUCUAUUGUUGAGUCCCAGUCAAGGACAAUAUAUCAGGAGGAACCUGUGUCAGGCUUGCUUCUGCCCCUCGAGGUAUGUUUGCUGGGGGGUGAGGCCUGUUCCCCUGAUGCCAGUGUUGUAGAGGAAGUGCACUUGCUCUCUGCUUUGUGUUUGUUUCCAGUGGAGUCUGACAGAUGUCAAGGCCAUCUAAAGAAACUGAAAACUCAGGCAUGGCUGCCCUACACUAAAUUGAUGGAAGCGCAUUUGGAGUACAAGGCGGAGCAUUACAUGGAGGCCAUCAUUAUUUUGUCUGAAAUAACUGCCUUUCCUUUCAAAAUGACCAAAAGGCUAACAGCUCUACACUGCGACCUAUUUGGGAAGUGUCUUUCACAACUGAACAAGCCACACAGUGCCGUACAGAAAUUCAGGGAAGCAUUAGAUGCCGAUUUUUUCUACCUUUUACCGCUGUAUAACAUAGCUACACAGUACAGACAGCUAGGUCUGAUGGAGGCGGAGUUAGAGGCACUCAACCUUCUUGUUACGGCCAUAGAAAAUAGAGAGAUGAAACCAGAGUCUUCAGAAAGCAUCUUCUUUCAGCACGUAGUAAACAAGGAUAUAGGUUUAACACAGGCGCUGUUUUAUCUCGCCCAGGCCUGUGAAAUCCAUCACAAAUAUGACAUUGCUGCUGAGAAAUAUAUUCAUCUGAUAUCAUUGAUAAAUAACAAUACAUUUGAAAAGAUGAGAGGCUGUGAAAUGUUAAACAUACCAUCCAUAUCUGACAUCUAUAGGUCUACAAUAGUCUCCUUAUUGAAAGCUAAGAAAUAUCAUCAGUGUGAAGUCUUGUGUGAACGUGUGUUGUCAUGCCAACCAACAAGUGUCCUUGACCUUUCAAGCAUCCUUUCCCAGCAUUCUCAGGAACCCGCUCAUUCUCAGGAGACGUCUACACAAGCUAGAGCUUGUAUGGGGUCAUUUGCAUUCGGAAACCGUUCCUCUCAGGAGACAUCCAUGGAAGAGUGUAAAGUCUCAUGUUCCCAGGGAAAAAGGAAAAGGUUGGCAUCAUCGGAGGAGAAAUCUGACCCUAGGAAUGAAGGACAGAUGGAGAUGGUUUUUGUUCACCUGUAUAAAGCUGAGGCUCAGGUCUGUCUCAACAAAAUCGAAGAGGCCAUUGAAAGUUUGGAUAUUGUGCUGGAGACACUUAGAAAUACCUGCUCCUCUUCAGAGUCCUCCUCACAAGAGUCCAAGAGACAGAGACUAAGUUCUGAUGGUGCUGCCAACCCAGGGACCUGUUCCCCAGGUUCUGUCUCAUUUUGGAGAGAAGUAGGUCACCAGGCAUCACACGUCUACCGUUGUUUGGGAAUCCGCCUUGGUCGGCAAAACAAGCUCACAGAUGCCCUACACUUCCUCCGAAUGAGCCUUCAGAUGGAAAAAGAAAACCUGACAACCCUGUACAAUUGUGUGGUGGUUCUGUGGAGAUUAGACAGACAAAAGGAAGCCGCCGUGAUGUGGUGCAAGGGGAGACAACUGGACAUACAGGGGGACAGUUUCCAGAUGGCAGUGGUGAUUAAACGAAAAAAGGCAGCCAUAAAGGACACACAAGGAAAUGACACUCCCCUUGAGGUCAAGGCAACAGUUGCUGACCAGGAAACAUUACGACUUGAUGUGCAGUGUUUGGAGUUCCUUUUUCACUGGAGGCAUGGCAGGUGACCAAUGAUUUGGUGUGGAUGGCCAUAGUCCUUUGUUGUCCAGAAACUAGUACAGUUACAUUAAUCAUACCCUCUGGACAAUUGACUGAUAUAUACACUGUACAUGUACAAUGCACAACAUAAUGAAACUUAUAACCCAGAAACUUUGUUUGUGUCUGGAUUAUUAGGAAAAUUUAUUUUACAGAGAAUUUUAUUUGCAUCAAAUAUUGUUUCCUAUUGCAUUGUUUUGAAUGGAUAUUUUUACUUAUUUAAUUGUUUUGUUAUUAAAAUUCUGUGCAGGCUUUUUGAUGGUACAAGUAUAUGAAUGCCAAGAAUAAAUGACUUUAAGGAGAGGUAAUGCUCUGCACAGAGGGGAAAAGUCUCCAAGUGGAAGCUAUGCUUGUUGUUUGUAUUGUCAGGGUUUAUUGCUCGUUAAUGAGUGACGUUACAAAGCCGCCAGAGGAUUCACCUCAGCUUGUUGUACUGACGUCUGAGCAGUGAUGGUUACUGGGGGAUUGUAGAAGACAACAGUCGCGGUUCAUUGGCUUUAUAGCUGAAUGCAGGUAUCAUCUACCUGCUUGAUAUCUCAGGUAAAUAAGCUGGGAUUUAGCUAUCAAACCCUGGCUAAGUAAUAAAAUUGCUUUGACUUCUUACUGGGUCAUAAAUUAAACUGUGAAAUUAAAUACCUACAAAUUUCAUUCAGUUAAAGUG